UUUAGUAGGUAAGGCGACAUGAGCGGGACGUUGUCGACUAGUGAUCGGUGGUGAAUUUGGAAUUUAUGCUCAUUGCUCAGUUAAAUAUAUAUAUUUUUUUCAUUUAUGAAAUCGUUGAUGAAAAUAAACUUCUUCACGUAUUUAGUCAGAAACGAUUAAAAGAUAUAGUAUUAAAUAUUGUAUGUUCUUUGAAGAAGCUGCGGACAUUACUUUGAAGGAAAAGUGCACUGACUGAAAAUAACUUACUGUUGUAUGUUAUUACUAUGUUAUAGAAUUGUGAUUUAUAAGAAAUUUUGAUAUGUUAUUGGUGAAUUUUGACAAAAUGUUACGUAUUUUUGCUUAUCAUAACCUCAAUCCAGACGCUUUGUGAAUACGUCGAACUCUGCUACAUCGCCCACCGCGACGAGGUCUCGCUUACAAAUUAAAUUUACUUUUUAUAUAUGAUUCAACGCGAGUAUCCAAUGAACAACGGGUUUAGCACAGGAGAAGAAGAUUCUAGAAGUAAUUCAGAUCAAAUAUGUUGCCUUGUGGAUGACAGCGACCGAUGUAGGCGACCUGCUGGCAACGCAUCGUACAGCAAGCGCAUACAGAAAACAGUUGCACAAAGAAGGCUCAAACUGAAUAUAGAUCCUCAGGCAAGGCAUACAUACAUUUGCGAUUAUCAUAAGACAAUGAUUCAAUGUGCAAGAACAAAGCAGAGGAGACCUAAAGACUCAGAGGAUGAUAGUCAUGAGGCAGAAGUAGAUUCUCCUGAAGUGGACUGGGUUCAGCUGCAAGUCAAUACAUUAAAAAGAUAUAAAAAACACUACAAAGUGCCAACAAAACCUGGGUUUAAUAAAACUCAGUUAGCUGAAGCAAUACAAAAACAUUUUAAGACUCUGCCAGUAAAUGAAAAAGAAAUAGUGACAUAUUUCAUUUACACGGUGAAAACAAAUGGAAAUAAGUUAGACCAGAAAAAUGGUAUGAAUUCAGACUCUGUGUAGUGAUAUUAUGUGAAAUUAAUUUAUGAAGAAUUUAGUGUUAUUUUUAGAUAUAGUAAACAGAUUGAAAAUUU